AUACUUGAAGCGGCCACUGAACUGUGUGCGGUGGGAGGGGGAAAAUGGCUGCUCGCGGAGCGACUGUCGGAACGACGCGCUACAAUAACACAUGCAAAACCACCUCAAAAUGUGACAGCUGACCCGAACCGACACGAGCACACACGCCGGCUUUUGAACGGAUGGGUGUCGAGGCCGGUGGCGGGGAAAGACAGGAACGACAGCGUUUGUGUUUGAGUUGUAAUUGUGAGGGAUAGGAGUGAAUUAGCCAGCCUGCUAACGUUAGCCGCACUCUAAACUGGAACGAAACGAACCAGAACCAGAUCAAGAAACACGAAACCAGACAACUGCAGACUGCUUUUUACUGCUAGAAUGAGCGGACCGGGCCAGGACAGCGAGCCAGAGGCCAAAGUGCUUCAUAUUAAACGGCUGUACAGGGCUGUUGUAGAAACAGUGCACAAGUUGGAUGCUAUUAUCAGCAGCAAGUCAUCUUAUAGGGAGGUCUUUAAACCUGAGAAUAUCAGCUUGAGAAACAAGUUGCGAGAACUUUGUGUAAAACUGAUGUUCCUGCAUCCGGUUGACUACGGACGCAAGGCAGAAGAACUGCUGUGGAGGAAGGUCUACUAUGAGGUCAUACAGGUCAUCAAGACCAACAAGAAGCAUAUUCACAGCCGAAGUGCUCUUGAGUGCGCCUACAGGACCCAUCUGAUUGCCGGGGUGGGCUUCUUUCAACACCUGCUGCUCUAUAUCCAGUCACACUAUCAGUUGGAGCUACAGGACUGCAUCGACUGGACGCACGUCACAGAUCCACUCAUCGGUCGUAAGAAACCAGUCUCAGCCACCCCUAAAGAGAUGGAGUGGGCCCAGAUGGCAUGUCACAGAUGCCUUGUGUACUUGGGAGAUCUUGCACGGUACCAGAACGAACUUGCAGGAGUGGAGGCAGAGCAGUUGGCUGAACGAUUUUAUCACCAGGCCCUGUCUGUUGCACCUCACGUCGGUAUGCCGUUUAAUCAAUUGGGUACACUGGCUGGAAGUAAAUUUUAUAAUGUGGAGGCUACUUACAAUUACCUUCGCUGUAUUCAGUCAGAGACUCCCUUUGACGGGGCUUAUGGGAAUUUAAAGCGUCUGUUUGACAAGGCAGCCAAGAUGUUCCACCAGUUGAAGAAGCAAGAGAUGAAGAAACUUUCCCCAUCACGCCAGAGAUCAAAAGACAUCAAAAGACUACUGGUGAGCUUCAUGUAUUUGCAGAGCCUGUUGCAGCCAAAGAACAGUCUGAUGGAGAUGGAGUUGACAUCAUUGUGCCAGUCCGUGCUGGAGGACUUCAACCUGGUUCUGUUCUACCUGUCACUUCCUGUUCACGGCAGCCAGUCAGCCAGCGAAGAGGAGGAGGAACAUGACUCUGUCUGCUCUGUGCUGCCUGACAGCCUCAUAUUCAAGAUGGUGGUGACUUGCCUUAUGGUUGUGUACAGCCUGAAGAGAGGGGCUUCAAAGCAGUACAGCGCCUCCAUCGCCUUUACAUUGGCUCUGUUCUCUCAUCUGGUCAAUCAUGUGAACAUUCGACUGCAAGCUGAGCUUGAUGAGGGAGAGAGUGAUGUCCCACCCCUGCGCACUGAUAACACAGAUGACUCUGAUGUCAGAGAUCACGGCAGUACUGCUCCCUCAGUGGAGAGAACCCUGCAGAAUGGCUCCCUGGAAGAGGACAAUGAAGAGGAGGAUGAGGAGAAAGAGAACGAUCAAGAUGAGCCAAAGAGCAAUGGGAGGACGGUGGAGACUGAAAAGGGGCUGGAGAAGAAGAGGUCAGCUGAGGAGAAGCAAAAGCAGAAGAGUAAGUUCUCGCGGCUUUCCAUGCUGCGCCGCAGACGCUGCGCUCACAAAGAGGAUGAGAGUGACCUGAGCGAGGGAUUUGAGAGUGACGAAGAAGAGGAUGAGGAAGAUGCCGGGCCAGUCGACGGUCUGGGAGCCUCCAGGGUCCAGAUUAACUCUUUAGGGAGGGAGGUGAGAAAGGAACCGCUGGCACAGGAUGGCAGUUGGGAAAGCGGUUCAGAGGAGGACGAGGGCGGCACUGCCUUUGACGUGGAGACGGAUUCCGACAUGAACAGUCAGGAGUCUCGUUCAGACUUAGAAGACAUGGCAGACACUGAGAAUACUCCACAACAGCAGCAACAAGUGGAAGAGGAGCAGCCACCACCAUCUAGGGAGGAAACCUUGACCCCUCCAGCAAGCAAUGGCCCUCUAGUGUCCAAUGAUGCCAGCAUAAGCAGUAACCUGCAGGCCAUGUCUUCUCAGCUCUUUCAGGCCAAACGCUGCUUCAGGCUUGCACCCACCUUUAGUAAUGUGCUGCUCCGCCCCCCAGCUACCACAAACCCCACCCCAGAUCCAAACCGUGCCCCUUCACAAGAAGUCUCGCCCCCUCCUGGAGAAACACCAAGCAACAUAAGUCCAGAGAUUGCUAAUGGAACCAAUGACAAUGAUCCUGACAGUGAUUCUGAAGUCAGUGAGCACAGCAACCAAUCGUUUCACAGUGAGAAAACCCUUUCUGAGCGACUGAAGAUUCUGACCAAUCAGGGACUAAUCCAGAUAGUGAAGGUCUUUUUGGAUUGGCUGAGGACAAACACUGAUAUCAUCGUCAUGUGUGCACAGAGUUCUCAGAGCUUGUGGAACAGACUCUCAGUACUUCUGAACUUACUACCUGAGGGCAGCAAGAUGCUGGAAGCAGAUUUGGGUCUGAAUAAGGAAGUAACAGACCUUCUGAAUGAGUGUGAGCAGCCUGGUUUGGUCCAGACACUGCUAUUGCCUGAGGAUCUGGCCCUCCAUCACCUUCCUGCCCUCAGUGCGGCCCAUAAACGCCUGGACUUCUCCAGCCAGAGACCCCCUCUUACUCCUCUGGAGGAGUGUGUGGUGCGUGUGUGCUGUAUUCGCAGCUUUGGCCACUUCCUCACAAAUCUCCAAGGCAACGUUUUGCACUUCAAUCCCGAGGCAGGUAUCUUCACCAGCAUCAGCCAAUCAGAGCAGGAGAACCUGGUUCAGCAGGCCAAGGCCCAGUUCCACAUGGCAGAAAAGGAAGCUCGCAGGAACCGGCUCAUGAGAGACAUGGCCCAGCUGCGCCUACAGUUGGAAGUUUCGCAACUAGAGGGCAGUCUGCAGCAGCCCAAAGCCCAGUCUUCCAUGUCUCCUUACCUGGUGCCAGAUACAGCCGUUCUCUGCCAGCACUUGGGGCUGAUCAGACAGCUGGCUGCCAGCGGCUGCUUUAUCAUCAUCAUCCCUCGCACAGUUAUUGAUGGUCUGGAUAUGCUGAAGAAAGAGAACGCUGGAGCGAGAGAUGGCAUCCGUUUUCUUGAGACAGAGUUUCGGAAAGGGAACAGAUACAUCCGCUGUCAGAAAGAGUCGGGGAAAAGUUUUGAGAGGGAUAAAUUAAAACGACAGGACAUGGAAGCCUGGCACCUGUAUAAGAUGGUGGACAGUUGUCGUCAGUUGACGGGAUCUCAGAAUACUGGAGAUGAAGACACCGCUGGCAUGGUGACCAUUCUAACCGGACGUUCAUUAGUGGAGUUAACUGAGAGAUCAUCUGCUAUGAAGGUGGCGGUCCAGGCGGUGGCAGCAGCAGGCAUGGAGCUGAAGAAUAUUUUGGAGUUCUACCGGCAGUGGAAAGAGAUAGGCUGAGAGACAGGGGGAAUGCUAGGGCUUGGCGAUUGACUGAUCACACACUCACUCCCUCUCCCUCUAUCUCUCUCUCCCAUUUUACUGCUCUUUCUGUAUCUGCGUCUCCAAGACAAAAAAAUACUUAAAGAUGGAGGGAUGGAAGAAAGGAGGAUGCUUGAAGUGUUUAGAAAAAAGAGAAGUCAGAGGUACAAGGGGGCUCGAUCUCAACACAGGAAGUUUAAAAGAAUCUAUGGGGUGAAAUAACUCUGUUUUAGUGCCCCUGGUGUGCCAUAACCAGGCAUGUACAGUAUGCCGAUGAAAUGUGUAUGUUUUUGAGAAACGGACAUUCUUGUGCAUAUACACAGAAAAGAAACCCAUAAAUCUAUAUAUAUUGCGCAAUGUUUUUUGAUUUUAUUUCCGUCUUUUCGCUAUAAUCGGGAUUGUGCACUGCCACGUGGAUGUCUGUGUAACUGGUAGGUGAACCGAAGGGUGCAACGGUGAUCACAGAGCAAAAAAAUCAUCCCUAGAUCUGGCUGCAACAGGGUUUUUAGCUCUUAUAGUCACAAAGGAUUCAGGGUACUUGGGUGUACACUUCUUUUUAAUGAUUUGUUUUCUGCCGUGGCUUUUCCCCCCAUUUUUUGUUUUCUUUUUGCUGUGUACCUCUGUGAGUUAAUGUGUUAUCAGUGUAUAAACUGGAUGGAAUAAGUCAGGCAAAUGGUUGCUUUUAUUUGAUUUUAUUUUUCUAUGUCGUAUUAUUGCCUUUGAAUGCUGUGCUGAACAUACAGGAAUGAAGAUCCUAAAUGGCUUAAUGAUCUAUCUUUCUGUUACGGCAUGAGCUAGUCAAUAACAUAAUGUGACUCUGGUCACACUCGGCUGCAUUGACUGAUUUGGAAGCGUUUCUUUUCGACUCUUAACAUGAAAAAACUACUCCGCAGAUCCAGUCUCAGCCAUUUGUCAUCAUAUUCUCAUGGUAAUUGUCCCAUAUUGCUCAACGCAAAGGAAUCCAUUGUAUGUGUGAGACAGUGAAUUAAACAAUAAAAAGAGAUUUCAUCUAAAAAGUCUUCUUGAAAAUUGUCUUUCGUAGA